GGAUUUGAUGGACAAGAUUAUGUAGAGUUUAUACUUGACUUUUUGAAAGCAUCAUAUAAGUAUCCACGCUUGAAUAAUUUAAUUCAAAAUAACAUCAUGAAACGUCAUCUCGUAAACGAAAGUAAUGUAUAUAAGAUACGGAAUCUAAGCCAUGAGUGUAAAGCAGAUCUACUUAAAAAUUAUUGUGAAAAGUAUAUCGAAAGAAAUGAAGAUAUUUUGAACGCAAUAAAACCCACCCAAAAUAUUCCACAUAAUUAUGCGGACACCCAAAAUAUUCCACAGAAUUGCACAGAUUCACGUGAUUGA